CGGCAAAAAAGCCCCUGUUGUUCAUAUGACGCAUCAAGCUCUCCACAGCAGUGAAAGCACAUUCAAUCCAGCCGCCCUCCACCCAAACCCAUCAAUCUGCUGUGGAGAUCGAAAAUAGGAGGGCUUACAUGACUCCAGUCCAGACUGAGGGCGAAGGGAAGUGUGGAUCCUCCAUCAUCAGUACUGCCACAGCGCAGUGCGCCUCAUCCAUGCGUGUGCCCGAUCACGGCGGACAAUAAUCAGCACACAUUCACGCUUUUCCCCGGAUUUCUUGCCUGUCUGCGGAUGAACAGCCAUGGGGGAAUGGACCAUACUAGAGAGGCUCCUGGAGGCUGCUGUCCAGCAGCACUCCACGAUGAUAGGAAGGAUCCUACUAACUGUGGUGGUGAUUUUCCGGAUCUUAAUCGUAGCUAUAGUUGGAGAGACAGUGUACGAUGACGAGCAGACCAUGUUUGUCUGUAACGCCUUACAGCCGGGCUGUAACCAGGCAUGUUACGAUAAGGCUUUCCCCAUAUCUCACAUCCGAUAUUGGGUCUUUCAGAUCAUCAUGGUGUGCACGCCAAGUCUUUGCUUCAUCACGUACUCGGUCCAUCAGGGAGCAAAGCAUAAAGAACGGCGGUAUUCCACCGCCACCGUCUUCCUCACACUGGACAACAAGGAGCAAGAUUCGUUGAAACGAGAGGAAAGCAAGAAUCAAAAGAUCAAGAACACCAUCGUGAAUGGAGUACUUCAAAACUCGGAGAACCCCACCAAAGAGGCCGAGCCCGACUGCUUGGAGGAAAAAGAGAUGACCAAUUCGAAAACUAAGCCCGUCAAGUCCAAAAUGAAGCGCCAGGAAGGCAUUUCCCGGUUCUAUAUCAUACAGGUGGUGUUCAGAAACGCUCUGGAAAUCGGCUUCCUGGUGGGCCAGUAUUUCUUGUACGGAUUCAACGUGCCGGCCGUGUAUGAGUGUGACCGAUACCCUUGUAUCAAAGAGGUGGAGUGUUACGUGUCCAGACCAACGGAGAAAACCGUCUUCCUCGUCUUCAUGUUCGCGGUAAGUGGCUUUUGCGUAAUACUCAAUCUGGCCGAGCUCAAUCAUUUGGGCUGGAGGAAGAUCAAAACGGCCGUGAGGGGCGUGCAGGCCCGGAGGAAGUCCGUCCACGAGAUUAGGAACAAGGAUUUGCCCCGGAUGAGUAUGCCCAAUUUCGGCCGCACUCAGUCCAGUGACUCUGCCUACGUGUAAGCGCAUUGAAAGAGCGAACGUCCGCAAAGAACAAAACUAUGGACGAGUUCCCUUCUCCACUUAAGGGUCAUGAAUUGCGAGAGUGGGGUAGGACGUUUUUGUUACUGUUUUAAAGACUUCAUUGACAACUGUGGAUGACAAACAAGUUUGUAACGCAGUUCAAACUAUAAAUGCAACUUUUUAGCAACGUUUGUACUCUGAGAUGUACACAAAGAGCAAAUUCCUGAAUGCGUAUUCCCCCAAUAUAAGCUGCGGUUACACUUUACAUGACACUGUCUAUGCCACACAUAAUGCAUGUUCUAAGCAUUCAUUACAAUAACAACAUGUUAAUUUAUUCAGUCCUCACUGAUGUGAUAACACCGUAACAUGAACGCUGGCUUGUAAAGUGUGACCAAAGCUGCUCUGCUGUACUUGAAGGGAGUAAAUACGUUUUGCACUAAAAAGUUAACGACGUGAUGCUGACAGUGUUUGACAUCACAUUUAUGUGACACAAUUCACAUUGUGAGAGUCUCUACUCAGAUUUGAAACACCAGUCAAACAGUCAUUAAUAUAGCAAACACUUUUGCUUCAAAUAUUAUUUAUGGGUUUUGUGUUGCCUGUACUGCACCAUUGACCUUAACAUAGACUAUAGAAUUAAUUCCACUGCAAAAUUGCUGUUGUGUACAUUUGUGUGUGUGAGCAGGGGGUCAAUUUGUUGAAAAAGUCUGGGAUUUCUUUAAUGUCAACACCAAAGCGCCCACUGAGUUUAUUUGUGAGGUGUCUUUUUGCUUAAGUGUAAUCAAGUGCCAUACUUGUAUAUAAAUAUAUGCAUUUAUAUAUAGAUAUAUACAUAUAAAAUCUAUUCUGAAGAAUAUAAUCAUAUCCAUGAAAGCAGAUUUAUUGCUUGAAUUAUGCUUAUUGCAUCCUGAUUUGCUUUGUAAGUGAGCUUAAAUGGCAUAAUGUAUUUUUAUUUCAUUUAUUUAUUAUUAAAAUUUGUUUACGUUAAUUUAGGAAAUGGCCAGAAAGUGCUGGUCGUUCUCUACACAAAACAACAGCAAUCUCUAAGGAUAGAACAAAUAUACAUGGCAAAGUUUUUCUGCUCUGGUGCUGGCUUUUCCACUGAACAGUUCCAGCAAUAUUUGUAAUCCAGAUGCUUUGAUUUGAUCCUUUUUGAGAUUGGAAAUUCUGCUGUAUCUCCUCCACUCUCUAUGACAGUGCAAGUGUGUAUGAUCAGACAUCUGUUUUCUGCUAUAAGGCCUUGUUUAAAAUCUGGUGCGUUAUUUAACUGCUCAUGAUCAUUAAGAUGUGGCUUUCCUUGACCCAUUUCAAUGUUUAUUAUUUGUUGUUUAUAGAUGUUUGAAAAACAAAUGGGAGGAGACUUUUCUUAUGUUGUCCGCAUUUCUAAUCUUGAAGGGAAAGUAUUGCAUGUUUAUGAACUUGUAUUUAAGAGAAUCUGGACAAUUUCAAUGGCUGAAAUCUCUGCGGCAUUGCUCGGGUAUUGAUAUAUAACCCCUCCCCCAUUCGGAUGCCUCCCGAUGCUUGAGAAAGAAAAGAACACACAGGGAAUGUUACCAGAGGUUGUGGAUACAUAUCGAAAGUCACUGAUGAUAAAGCCAACGAUUGAGAACACAGUUUGGGAUGGACUGUCCAGGAUCAUCUGGGGGCAGGCGGACCACACAUCACCUGACGGGAUGACUUGUCAAAGCUGGGAUUAAAAGGAAAGCUCUGGAAUUUCGUACCCGUAAUAUAAGAAGGGACGGGCUUUGGGGAUGGGGGAAGCGGGAACAAAAUAGAGAGGAAAUAAAAUAGAAAUGCAAAUUGCUUGGCUGUAUGGUGCAACAUUCCCUUUUUCUCUCAGUUCUUCCUCUAUUCUUGGAUAAGCAUUCCAGCACUGCACAGUCACCCUUUUACAACUUUGUGGUCCGUACUGAGAAACUAUAAAGUCCAAACAAGAGGUUUCAUUGCAAACUGAGCUGAAGGACUGUACUGAACCAUAAAGAACAAAGCUUUAAUAAAACAUGAACCUGUAUCUUCCUGCAAUCUCCCUGCCCCGACCCCUCCCCUUUCUGUCUAAUUUUCGUUUUCUCUCCUGUGCAUUUUCUGCAAUAGCUGACGUGGUAUUUUUACAGCUCCUCCUAAAUGACAUAAGUAUUGGGCAUAUGUUGGAAUGUAAUUUUGCAUGCUGUGUCAGAAGGCCUGGUGAAAUGAUAUCUGCGCCGCUUUGAGGGUUGAGGCUGCAUUCAUGUGAGACGUGCCAAUGCAAAGUGGUUUGAUCCGUCAGGGACACUUGAGAUGCAUUCUGCACGCUGAGAUGUCUCCACGGCUACUUCUGCUGAUUUACAAAAGGAAAAAAAUGUCUUGUUCAUUUAUCAGUCUUGCAAUGACAUAAGUUAGCAUGGUAUGCCAUUAUCACAAGUAAUCUGACAAUUUCAGAUGAAAGCUGUAGGUUCUUUUGGAUGUGUCUUUCCCCUUUGUUUGGAGCUUCAUUUGAAACCACAAUCUGAGAGAAACCGACAGUAUGGUGCAGAACUCAAAAAUGCUGUCUCCUUGAAAAUGCAUUGCAAUUUUAUGCUGAUCGAUUUGCAUAUUGAUAAAAGGGGUCUUGCAUGAGGUGAACGCCGAAAAACUCUAGACUGUUCCCUUUUCUAAACCAUCAAGCCUCCAGUCUUUGUGUUUAGUGUAAACUGAAUGAAAUAAGGAUGGAUGAUAUCCUGUGAAUUAAAUCACUUCUUAACAAAGAUGGUGAUGGAAGUGAUGGGCCUGAUCUUUUGUUUACUUGCCGCAUACACAUGCGCAUCCCCUCCGAGAUUUCAUUUAACUGCAGUCUCCUGGAAGGGCUGCGCAGAAACUCUGCAAUGCACAACUGCUCUCACCUGCACAGCACUGAACAUGGGCAUUUGAAAUCUCAAUAAAUGUAUACAUUUUGCAUAUGUAUAAAUCUCUCUCUCUCUCUUUAUUUUGGGUUAUCUAGAAAAUUCAUUUGGAUAUAGCAGGAACAGCACUAAUGUGAAAAAUAGUCGAUUUAAUGACUGUUAAAAUUGGGUAAGAAGGUGUUGGUCAAACAAGUAUACCUAUACACAUAUAUAUGUUAGUGUUUGUCAAAGUAUUGUGUGAUUCAUUGAUGUUUGAGAGUA